CUUUAAUCAAUGGCCGUGGACUUCUCUCUGACUCUGACCUUGGAGCUUUCAUGGAGAAGCUCCGGAGAAGCUGCUGGUGUUCGGAGGUCGAUCCGGGAUCCGGAGAUGCUCUAAUUUCGCCCGGCCUCGAGCGAGGUGGCGACACCCCAGAAAAUCUAUCACUUGUCGCUCUGUCGCUCGCUCGGUCCAUCGAGUGAGUGAGUACGACUCGCUGACAUUCACUCGCGAGGGAAGGUCCGAGAUGAGAUGAAGGCCAGUUUAAAUCAUACUGAGCUGGUUGGUUGUGCGGGCCAUCCAUGGAGGCCCACUCUAUAGUCCCUUUUGCAACGAGACCGGUCCCUUUAUCGUCGAGAGAAAGAGCGAGAGACAGCCCUAUAGGUGCUCGCGAGGAGAGGAAAACGUGCUGUCGUCGAGCAGCUCGCUCCGUGCUCCACUAUCUUUCGUGUGAACGGGUGACAGAAGCUUCGAAUUCGACUGCUCGACUAUGCACCGAAGAAUGUCACGACGGGUUUCAGCCCCGGCGUGAGCAGCAAGGAGGAUGAAGAAUUCUAUUGUCGACCGUCGUGAAGGUCCAUAGACCUCACCCCUGGGUGGUGUCCAGCGAGGUGUGUGACAUGAGACGACGGCAGAGGGACAGUUGACAAAUCUCGGAACAUGGACUCUGAGGGGUUCCACAAUCUGUGAGCUGAGCUCGGGCUCAUUCAUGCUUCGGAGUCAUUGUUGUGGAGAGGCGGGCAGAUGAACGUCGUUUGGGGGACAGACCGAGAUCUCGUGGGAUGACAAGAGGACUGCCGCCGCAUGGAAGGAACGGCAGCAGAAGAGGAUCGUCGGAUUGGUGGAAGUGCUGGAUGAUGAUGGCGCUCCUCGUGCUUCAACACACGACGAGCGAGGUGUUCGGUGUAGCAGUAGACGAUGUACUUACCGAGGACAUGCCCGACAUACAGUGGGCCAUGAACGCCGCUCGUAGCCGCUUACUGGACCGAUCAUUCUCCAUGUUCUCCACAGGACCUCCAAGCCCGGACUCGGCACUUUCAACCAUUGCGACGGACCUUCCAGGCCCAGAGAGUCAAAUACUCCAGGAUUUCCGAAAGCUUAUAUCGAAGAGACCAUUUGGAGUACUGGACGACUGGAAUGUGGAGAGGGAGCCAAAUCACUGUAAGUGGACAGGAGUCGAGUGCAAUGAGCAGCAGCGGGUGACACGGUUGGAGCUGAGCAACGCUCAGCUGGACGGCACGAUUUCUCCUUCUCUCGGACAUCUGAAUAAUCUGCAGAGCCUGAACCUGUCUGGAAACAGUCUCGUGGGUAGAAUACCUCGAGAGCUCAGCAGCUGCAAGUCCCUUGUGGUCCUUGAUCUUUCACACAACAAGAUAUCUGGAGUUCUUCCUCCGGAUCUCGGCAAUCUUUCCGACCUUACAGCGCUCUGCCUGUCCGAUAACCGGCUGUGGGGAUCCAUCCCCGAGGAGUUGGGCCGCUUGACUAAUUUGGUUGUGCUAGAGAUGGAGUCGAAUAUGCUGACAGGACAAAUUCCGUGGCAGCUGGGGAAUUUGACGAGUUUGGGCUUCCUGAAGCUGGCGGACAACAGCUUGGUCGGUACUCUUCCGCCUUCAUUGGGAAAUUGCAGAAAGUUACAAUACGCUCUGCUGGGGGGAAAUCUGUUUUCUGGUAGCAUUCCACCGGAGCUCGGGAGCCUGGGAGAUUUGCAGUUUCUUUCAGUAUAUGGUCGCAGCGGGGACACUAACCAACUCAGUGGAGCUGUCCCGGCCGAAAUUGGAAAUUGUACUUCGUUGAGGGCUAUAGAAUUUCGAGAUAACAGAUUAGUCAGUCUCCCGAGCACCAUCGGUCUGUUGUCGAACUUGCAGUACAUUCUCUUUGCCAAGAACAGGCUCACUGGCACCCUUCCACCGGAGUUGUGGAACUGCACGAAUCUGCAGUGGCUGGACUUCACGAACAACAACUUGAGCGGAAGCAUUCCUCCGGAAAUAGGGAAUCUCAGAGCGGUGACCAAACUGGAAUUGGCUGCGAAUUUUCUCAGCGGAGAGAUUCCGAAGGAGCUGUUCGAGCUCACGAGUCUGACUUACCUGCAGCUGUGGAAUAACACCUUGAGCGGCGCAAUUCCCCCGGACAUCGGCAAGCUCAAACAUCUGCAGAACUUCAACAUCGGAAUGAAUCUGAUCACCGGUCCGCUGCCCGACGAGAUCGGGCUCCUGUCGGAGCUGGAAUCCCUCUCCAUGUACGUGAACGGCAUCACAGGGCCCGUGCCCAGCAGCCUGGGCCAAUGCUCGAAGCUCAAGGUGCUGAAUCUGGGCACCAACUCCAUCAACGGCACGAUUCCGAUGGAAGCUUUGGGCCCUCUGACGGAGCUGGAGGUUCUCCACCUCGACACGAACUUCCUCGUGGGGGAGAUCCCCGACCUGCUGGCUGUGAAGCUGACUCGCUUGAGGUUCCUCUUCCUGUACUCCAACAUGCUCACGGGGUCCAUACCGCCGUCGCUGGGCACGCUGAGCAACUUGACCGACCUCUAUCUGCAGAACAAUCUGCUGCAAGGGAGCAUUCCGGACUCACUGGCCGAAUUGCACAGCCUGGUGACGCUCCACCUCGCCAACAACAGCAUGACGGGCUCGAUCCCGGCCGCCAUGUGGAAGAAUGGCUGCUCGUCGCUGCAAGUCCUCGACAUCGAGAGCAACCGAUUCCAAGGACCUCUGACCCCGUGUCUGGGCAAUUGCUCCAAGCUGCAAGUCGUGCGCAUGGGCAACAACUCCCUGACGGGCGACAUAAGCACCGUGGAUUUCAGCCGGCUCUCGUCCCUCAUGUCCCUGUCGCUGGCCUUGAACACCUUCACCGGCAGCAUCCCCCCCACGCUGCAGAGCUGCUCGAGUCUGGUGCUCCUGGAUCUCAGCAGGAAUCAGCUCAGCGGCCCCAUUCCGGACUUCUCCGCUGCCGCCGGAGGGCUCAGAGGCUUGCAGGUGCUGAGCCUCCGGAGCAACAACCUCACGGGGCCAAUUCCGUCGUGGAUAUGGCGGCUUCCGAGGCUGCAGGUGCUCGACCUCUCGCAGAAUUUCCUGGCCGGGAGCAUUCCCGGACCUGCGCUCUUCGGGCUCUUGGCGUACCAGAGUCGGGAUACGGGGAAAUCGUCGAUUCGCGCCAAUGCCACCAGCAACUUUCUGCAGUUUCUGCUCACCAUCAAGGGCCAGGAGUGGUCGUACUCGUACGUGCUGCUGGCCGCCACGGCCAUCGACCUCUCGUCCAACAGCCUCACGGGCUUCAUCCCUCCGGAGCUCGGCGCUCUCGUGGGCCUGCGGUAUCUCAACCUGUCCGGCAACCAGCUCGAGGGCCCGAUUCCCGCAAUCGGGUCGAUGACGGAUCUGGAGCAGCUCGAUCUCUCGAACAACGAGCUCUCGGGGCCGAUUCCUGCCACUCUGGCGGAUUUGAGGUCCUUGGGCGUUCUGAUUCUCAUCAACAACAAUCUGUCGGGUCCCAUCCCCGGGGGCCUGCUAUCGACGCGGUUCCCGAAUUCGUCCUACGUGCCGGGCAACGAGGGCCUCUGCAGCCUCCCUCUGACCAAAGAGUGCGCUUCCAAUUUUAACCCCAGGCUCACGAACUUCCACUCGCCCGAGAAGAAUCCCUUAACUCCGUCGCAGCUCGACGAGCCUCCGAUGCUCAGCGGCGGCGGCGGCAAUGGCGGCCCCGAGGCCUCUGUGUUCGGGCCUCUGUCGGACACGGUCUCCGUCCCCGCCGUGGCCAUCGGCGUGGCGGUCGGCUUCUUCUCCGUCCUCGCAAUCAUCGUCUUCAAUCGCGCGGUGUGGGAUUUCAUGUUCGUUCUCCCGACUCGCCGUAUGCCUACAAGGGUCUACAAUGUGCCUUACGGGCUCUUCAGACCCCGAACUUUCGAAGCAGCCCGAGAGUGAGUCCGUGGAUUUUUGCAUCUUCUGUCUUCUGGUCGUGUAUGUCCCCAUGUCUGUCUGUCGAUUGAUCAGAAGGUUUUACAAAAAGAUUGGCAUUCGGAGUCCGGGGAGGCCUUGAAGGCCUGCAGAUAUUUAAGCCUACCCUGAACCAGACUGCAAGCGAGAAGACUAAGACCAAGGUUUGCCUGCUGCUCGUCGUCCGCUGUGGAAGGAUCUCGCAGCAUUCUUGGCACCACUCAGAGAGGCAUUGAACAGAUUUCGAUCAAAGAGAUCACGCUAUUGUAUUGUGAAUCCCGAGCGUACCUCAGAAUCGGCCGCAAACAGGUCACACAAUGGGAACGGAGUUGAUCAACUCCUAAACCCUUUCCACCCUCAAUCCGUGAGAUGUGAUGUGAGACCAAUCCUGUCUUAGAUCGAGAAAGAUCGAGAAAGAGCUUUAGCUUAGCGUACAGUGAAAGGAAAGUGGAGUAGAGGUAGAGUAGUAUCAAGAUGUCUCUGCGGACAGCUGCGAUUUGGGGAGGCAUUCCGAGUUUCUUUCAACAGAAAUCCUGGAAAUUGGAUGGUGAAAGCUUCACAGAUGUUUCCUCGGACCUCACAAGAUGAACCUGCAAAACUCUUUCUGAUGAGAGAAACGCACAUCUUUUGUCUCGAGCGUCUGGACUCCAUCAUACUCCGUUGAUGUGAUCACUGGCGAUGAUCUAGAAUGGCUGGUAAGUGGCCUUCACGCCCGCGCAGACCAAUCUCGGCUGAGUACUGAAUUUGUUUCUGGCCUGAGGGUGUGGAUCCCGAUCCUCUGUCUCCGACCACUAAUUGAUUCUUCCAUCGGAUGGAAAGCAGAGCUUGGUAUCAAGUUGAAACCAACCAAACGAAUCCUACGAAGUCAACUGCACUGGAGCAACUCCCCGCUGCCGUUUAAGAAUGAGGAAAUCUAAGCUGAGUACAGUUCCUUCAAUUUGAAACAAUUGUGUGAAGAAGCUUGCAUGGACUGGUACAAAAUGUUCAUGACGGAUGCCAACGAGUAAGAUGAACUUGGAUGAGAUGACCUGAACAGUGAGUUUCAUACUUUCUGCUAGCAGAUUGUCCAUUCCCUCCACCCCAUCGGAAUGAAGUUCAAGGGCAGAGGUUCAUGAAAUACAUGUCAACUCUCACCGAAGAAGAGAGAACAAGGGCAAGCCUCUGAGAAGCCACGACAGUUCGUUAGACAUCUCUCUGCCAGUCAGUCCUGCAACAAAUUUGGACAAAGCAAGACCCAGUUUAAACGUUGUAUGGAGAGUGUAGACAAAUUUUGCGAAUGUAUCCAUAAUUUCUUGAGAUCAUAUUGAUACACUAACAUACCAUGCAAG